UCCCAUUCUUCAUCACCCAAAAUCAAGAAAAAAAAAAUACCAAAAGAUUCCAAUGGCUGAUUUCUCAGAGCAAAGUUAUAGGCAACCAUUUCCUUUCUUGGAUAUUGAUCCUACCAUGGAAUCACUUACCCAAUUUGCUGAGUUAAACCCCCAAAGUUUCAUAUUAGACAAUUCAGCCUUCAAUUUCCAGACCUUCUUCCCUCUCUCCAUUAAUGACAGCUUGUUCAGUAACCAAGCAUCUCAAGGAGAAACCAUGUCUGGUUUUAUCCAUAAUAGCAACCAAAGUUCAGUGUCUGCUCAGCCCAUUUUCAGUGCUAAAACUGAAGUGGAGGAGAUUAGCAACAAGAGAAAAGCAUUGGAUAUAUUAGAGAGUAGUUCUGGGAACUCAUCAUCAUCAUCUCCUCAGGUUUCUGAAACUGGGAUCAAGAGAAGAAAUAAUUCAGGAAGAGGGAAAAGAGCAAAAAGUAAUGAGAAGGAAAUGGAGAAACCUAAAGAAGUGGUUCAUGUCAGAGCUAGAAGAGGUCAAGCUACUGACAGUCACAGUUUGGCAGAAAGGGUCAGAAGAGGGAAAAUAAAUGAGAGAUUAAGAUGCUUGCAAGACAUUGUUCCAGGCUGCUACAAGACCAUGGGCAUGGCAUUAAUGCUAGAUGAGAUAAUCAAUUAUGUGCAGUCCUUGCAGAAUCAAGUUGAGUUUCUUUCAAUGAAGUUGACGGCAGCUAGCACAUAUUAUGACUUCAACUCAGAGUCAGAUGCCAUGGAAAGAAUGCAGAGGGGAAAAGCAGAGGAGGCAAAGGAGCUUGAAAGAUUGAUGAGAGAAGGAUAUGUUGGAAUUGGAGGAGUAGCUUGUUUCCACUCAUCAUCAACAUAUGGUCCUCUUUGACUUGAAAAUCUAAUUGGCUUACAACACAUGAUCAUGAAGAUGCUCUAGUUUUCAACACUUUUUCAAGUUUAAAAGUAUAUAAAAAUGUACCCCACUGCUUCUUCACGAUGUGCCUACCAUAAGUGAAAAAUAUUUUAUACUUUGUACUUUAUUUCCCAUCACAAUGCAUUAAUGGAAUUGUAUUAUGUAUUUACAAGAGAUUAACAUAAAAGUACACAUUUCUUCAA